GUAGUGAAACACCCAUCGAUCACGCAUUCGCUAUUUCAGACAAGUGAGUAUACCGAUGGAAGCGUAGAUGUCACUUGUUGUUUCGGUCACAUUUUCCACGAGCUCGACCCUACUGCCUUGAGGCUGAAUGAGAGGCAGUGUGGAGUGAUUCGAAAAGCACUCGAAGAAAAGAAAUGUCUUAUUGAAAUUUGUGCUCAAAUGAAGGCCCAAUAUCCUCCCACGAAUAGACUACACUACACAACAUCAAACGAUAUACGGAAUCUCGCCCUUCGACUUGGUCUACCUGUGCACAUUACUUUGAAAAGGGGUGACAAGUCGAGCGCCGAGAAGAACUCUGAAGCAGGAGAAGACAAUCAGGAGGUUGACAACGUUGUGGACGACGUGCCUGAUGCUGCUCUGUCCGAAGGGGGCUCAUCAGCUCAUUCGGAUCUGGAAAUUGACGAAGAUGAGCUUUGUGGCAUGCAUGAAAAGCGUGGUAAUGAGCAAGAUCAGCACCAGGAACAUUAUUUUCUUGAUGCACAGACUGAGGAAGCCGAGAAUCCCUCGCCAGAAUCGUCAGUGAAGGCUUCCAGUUCUGGUGAUGAUACGGAGAGCCGCCCAUCAAGAGUAAGGCGAGCUCCUCGGCGAUUUGUUGAUGAUUGA